UAUGGUUAUGGGCAAAAUAGGAAAUGAAAAUAUCCCUAGCCUCACCUGUUACGUAUAUAUAUUGGUAUAAGUUUGCCCCUUAGGGUUUACUUCCUAAAUCUGCUCCGACUUGAGAAGAGGCGACGAUCGGCCGCCAUGGGGAGGAGACCUGCAAGGUGUUAUCGCCAGAUAAAGAACAAACCAUACCCAAAAUCUAGGUAUUGUCGUGGUGUCCCUGAUCCAAAGAUCAGGAUUUAUGAUGUUGGGAUGAAGAAGAAGGGUGUGGAUGAGUUUCCAUUUUGUGUUCAUUUGGUUAGUUGGGAAAAAGAAAAUGUCUCGAGUGAGGCAUUGGAAGCAGCACGUAUUGCAUGUAACAAAUACAUGACCAAGUCAGCUGGGAAAGAUGCCUUCCACUUGAGGGUCAGGGUCCACCCUUUCCAUGUGUUGCGCAUCAACAAGAUGCUUUCUUGCGCUGGAGCUGAUAGACUUCAAACUGGCAUGAGGGGUGCUUUUGGCAAACCACAGGGGACUUGUGCAAGAGUGAGCAUUGGUCAGGUCCUUUUGUCUGUCCGCUGCAAGGAUGGUAACAGCCUUCAUGCACAGGAGGCCCUUCGCCGUGCAAAAUUCAAGUUUCCAGGUCGACAAAAGAUCAUUGUCAGCAGGAAAUGGGGGUUUACCAAGUUCAACCGUACUGAUUAUGUCAAGUGGAAGAGUGAGAGUCGUAUCGUUCCUGAUGGUGUGAAUGCCAAGCUUCUUGGGUGCCAUGGACCAUUGGCCCGUCGUCAACCUGGACAAGCAUUUUUACAUGCAACUGCUUAGGACAUCUGGCAGAGGAAAUAAUGUAGCAGAAGACAUCUGCUGAACUUUUGAUGAUUGUGUUAUUUUUUUUCUUGUGGGUAACAGUAUGUCAUGCUUAAAAUCACCAUAGUUCUCCAGAACCCAUUUACUAGUUCCAGUUGGAUAUGUUGAUGUAUCUGAUGGAUUUUCCAAACUCAAAAGAGUAUUUAUGCAUCUAUGUUGUAUUUUUUCUUUUAA